UUCUAUCACCAACUCUCUUGCUUUCUCUCUCUCUCGCUCUUUCGCUGGUUCGUGGAGAAGACACGCAUACACAAACUAGCCAAAGAAACGCACACAAUCGAAUUGCGAUUAAAAACGCACCAAAAUCCAUGGAUGCUAACAAAGCGACAGAAACGGCAGCCAAAGAAAACGCCGCCGAUAAGGUAAGCGAGGUGGAAAAUGCAACUGCCGCAGCGGGGGAGGUAGCGAAAGUCGAAGGGGGCCCCAAAGAUGCAGCCGAACCCCCAGCCGCCGCCGCUGAAGUCGACGCCACUGCGGCCGCCACUGAUGACGACGCUGAUAAAAAAACCAAAGGAGACGCAGCAGCGGUUGUUUCAAAUACCGAAUCGGAUGCAGCUGCAGCGGACAAAAAGGAGAAAUCCCCCUCGCCGGCGGUGAAGAAAUCCAAUAGUAAGGAUGCUAAAAAGGAAGAGGAUUCCGAGAAGGAAGACGAGAACACGGAGGAUGGCGAUGAGCCGGAGGAGGACUAUGAGAAGGCCAGUGAUGCAGAGGGAGAGAAGAAGAAAUCAAAGUCAGAAGCAGAGGACAAGAAAAAGGAUGUCACAGACGAGGCCAAGCCAAAGUCCGGAGCGGAAAAGGCGAAGAAACCGGAGCCCAAGGCCAAGAAUGGCAAGGUGGCCAAGGAAGAGGACGAUGAGGAGGAGGAUGAUGAUGAGGAUGCCGGAGAUGCUGACGGAGACGAGAACGAUGGCUUGGACAAGAACAACGAGGUGGCCGAGGAUGAUGAGAAUGUCGUGGCUCUGGCUGAGAUUGAUCGCAUCAACGAGAACAUCAACAAGACCCGAGUGGAUGGCCUUCAGACCUUGCAUGCACUCUGCUUUGGUGCCCAAGGCAAGAACAAUGUCGUGAAGAAGAACUUGCGCUCCUUUGCCGGCUUUGAGUUUGCAAAGGAUUCAGCGGAGUACAACAAAAAACUGGAGGCCAUCAAAAAGGUGGACAAUAAGGGGCUGCGCAGUAUCUGCGAGAUCCUUACCCUUGAUCGCAAGGGCAGCAAGAACGAGACUGUUUUGCGUGUGCUGAAAUUCCUAAUGGAACCCGACGAAUCGCUCUGCUUGGAGCAAGGUGACGAGGAGGAGGAAGACCCCGAGGAAGAGGAUCUGGAUGAGGAUGAGGAGGAUCCGCCCAGCGAGGAGGACAAGAAGCGCAAGAGCGGCAAGUCGAGCGGUGCCGCUGGUGGUAGAGGCUCAGCUCGCAAUUCCACCGGACGUCCCAGACGAUCCACGGCAGGAAAAAAAAUGUCCGCAUAUGUAGAUUUCUCCAGCUCUGAGGAGAGCGAGCAGAAAGUGGCAGUGCCCAAAAGGAAACGCAACGAUGACUCGGAAUCGGGCUCAGAUUACAAUCCCUCUGGCAAUUCCGAUUCUGAUGCCGGCCGUGGUGGUGGCGGCGGUGGUGCAGCUGGUGCAGCAGGUCGCAAAGUCCCAAGUCGCGGUCGUCCGGCGCGCAAAAGUCGCCGAAGAAACUCCGAUUCCGAGGAAGAAGAGGAAUCUGAAGUGUCCGAAGCCGAUAGUGAUGUCCCAAAACGCAAACGUGGUUCCGUGGGCAAACGUGGUCGACCGGCAGCUCCUCCGUCAGCUGGACGAAGGGGCAGAGGGCGGGGAGCAGCUUCACGAAAGCGCAAAGAUUCCGACAGCGAAGAGGAUGAUGCAUCCGAGGAUGAAGAGGAGGAGGAGGUCUCGGAGUUUGGCAGCGAUCAAAGCGAGGAGGAACGUCCCAAAAAGAGUAAGAAACUCACUACGCCUGCGAAAAAUAGCAAAGCUAACAACAAGUCAAAGCCAGCUGGAAAAGCAGAUAGUCGAUCGAAAAAAUCAAAGAAAGAAUCGUCCGAAGAAGAGGAUGAUGUCGAUGACAAAGAUGAGUCCGACGAGGACGAGCCACUAACCAAAAAGGGCAAACUGGCAUUCCCAACGGAUGAACAAAUACGCGGCUAUGUCAAAGAGAUCUUGGAUAAAGCCAAUCUCGAGGAGAUUACCAUGAAAACAGUGUGCAAGCAGGUGUAUGCGAAAUAUCCAGACUAUGAUCUAACAGACAAGAAAGAUUUCAUCAAGGCCACAGUCAAAGCGUUAAUUGCGACAUAAAACUAAAUAGCGAAGAUUGCACUUUGAAGACGGGGGAGGGUCCAGGUCCUGUAGACAAACAAAAUAAAACAAACCGCGACAUCAAAGUCUGCAAGUUGUUUGCCAAGACAGAACAACGUUUGGCAUAGUUUGCGAAAAGUAACUCUUAGCAGUUGUCCUAUAAGUAUAUGAUUUGUACUCCUUUCCUAAAAGCUAUCUGCAGUUUACCUUAAUUCUAACGUCAGCGGCAGUAGUCUAUCCAUUCUUAUAUAUAUUCAUUUGUAUAUAUAACUUUUUAUUUGUCCAACCGUACGCACGCAUACACAUUAUUUUCUAUUUUCUUGAAAGUAUGUGCUCUCGACAGCCUUGCAGAAAGUGUGUAAAUUAAGAAAAAAAACAGAGAAACUUGUAAAAAUCCGAUAAAAGAAAUAAACUGUAGUGCAUUUUGAUUUGACGUUCAACAAGAAAUUAUGUAUUUAAAGUUAAGGCACAAGAAAUAAUAAACAAAAAAAGCAAAAUUAAAAAUUUACAAAGGCUUGGAAUAUAUAUCUAAAAUUCAAACACUGUCAGCAGUACAAAAACACACGAGAAUGGAAGAACAAUUUAAAUUUAAUCGAUUGCAAGCGUUUUUGGCAAUAACAAAAUAAAAGUGUCUUUUGGGCGAGUUAUUUUAAGGCACUCUAAAGCGGAGCUAGUGGUGACCAGCACAUGUUCCCGAUAUAUAAUUUAUUACCCUAUCUGAUAAUCCCAUCCCCUCACUCCUGAUCAACUAAGUGCUCGACUUAUGGUUGAUUGAGGAUAGGAAGGUUUCUCAGCUAAUUAACGCAACUAGAGACAAGCUCACAACAAAAUGUGAGUAAAAAUAAACAAACACAAGAAUGAAAAACGGAAUGAGAAAAAAUAAAGUUAAAUAUUAGAUAUUUACAAGGUAAAAAUAGAUGUAUGUUAAUUUUAAACGAGAGAAAGGAAUAGAAAAGAAAACGGUAUGAACAAAACAAAUUUAAUUGCCAGCAAAAUCAGUUUGAAUAUUAUCACAGCCGCAUCUCAAUGUAAGUUUUCUUGUAGUAAACUCGUAAAUAAAUAUCAAAACAAAACAAAAAACUCGAUGUACGUUGAAUUAAAAACUAAAAA